AUUCAAAAGGCUCUUUCCAGGCUUUUGCCGAUUAUAUUUUGAUUAAAAUUAAAAUAGUAAUCGUUUCCCUUUCGGCUUCCCCCAAACGCAAGAGUCCACAGACACUCUGACGCCGGGAUGGAUCUCCGGUGACGGGGACUCGGCGGCCGAAUAAUCGCAAUAUUCUGUAGGGAGGAGCAGACUCCCAUGGAUUCCCCGGAGAUCAACGAGCCGAGAAAUAAGGGCAAUAGGAAUAGUCUUCGUCGCAUGCUUUUCCGUUCCUGUUUUGCCGUCCUCUCCUCUCUAUUAGUUUUCCUUUUAAUUUUCUUUGCGACGCUGUAUACAGCUCUUUUGGUUGGAAAUUUAUCGUUUUGGAGCCCGAUUUCUGUUCACUCGCGUUGCCGAAUAGUUUCAAGCAGUGUUGAUUUAAGGUCAUCCAAGGUCUGUGAAUUAGGCCUUCUAAAUUACAAAGCCAAGAAUGUGUUCUAUCCAUUGGACAGGAAAAGAUAUCGAUGCCAUUACGACUAUUACUGGGCAUCUGUAUUUAAGGUUGAAUACAUAGAUCAUGCGGGCCAGGCAAGGUUUGCACAUGCUGAGGCCCCAGAUGAAGCCCUUCCGAACAACUGUCGACCCAGUUUUGGUGUUGCAUGGUUAGCCAAAGAUAAAUUUAAGGUAAAUGAAACAUAUGAGUGUUGGUACACACUAGGAACUUCUAAAGUAAACAUAAACUACAAAGGUUUGUUUAAUUGCCAAGCUGAGAAUCCUUCUACUGCUGAAAUGCUCAAGCGAUGUUCUAUCCUGUUUACUAGGAUAUUGAAGUCCUCAUUUUUUAGUUCGGGAUCAGUAACACUGUGGAGGUGGGAUUUAUUAGCUGGACUCAUAAGUGGCUAUAUAACGGCGUUGUUAUCCGUCACCGUGAUUGGAUUUCUCCCGUCCCUAGCAUCUGUUAUUCGCAGACGCAUUAAAUAUUGGAUGUCCUCUCUUCAUCCAAACAAUGAGAAACAUAUGCUAGAAGUGCUAUAGCAGUGAACGGUUGUGAUGAUGAUUAACAGUCACAUGUUUCCAGUAUCUGCAAUAAUCCUCUCAAUUUCUUCUAGAAGUCGUUCCUUCUCAUCUGACAACUCCUGGUUCUGUUUCUGAAGUUCUUCUAUCUGCUUAGUCUGCUCAGAAUCCUUUCUGAAAUUCAUAAUCAUGAAAAGCAAAGAACAUGCUUGCGUUAGAAAGUAAGAAUGAUCUAAUUUAGAGAAGCACAGAUAGUUGGGAGAUGGUUUUGUUUAUUUCUUUCUUUCCUCUUACCUAUUCAUAAAUGACAAGUUCAGUUUAA